GUUUAGUUCAUUUGAUAUUACCUAUAAUCAAAUAAUAUUAAAAAAGUUUUUCUAAGAGUUUGCAAUCAGCAACGUUUUUUGUUGGCUUGAAUAUUUUAAUAUUUUAUACUAGUUUACUAAUCUUAUUAUUGACUAGACGAUUAUAAAAUAAGUUCAUCAACGUUUAUGAUAUACUUUAAUAUGGCGAAUGAUGACAGCGAGACAAAAAAUGUUAUAGAAGAAGCCUUGGAUAGACAUAACUUCUACAGAAAUAAACACAAUGUGCCUCCUUUAAAAAUUAAUUCAAAGUUGAAUAAAUUUAGUCAAAAUUGGGCUGAUGAGCUAGCCAAAACUGACAAAGCGUCUCAUCGCCCAAAUAAUGCUUACGGUGAAAAUAUUUAUACUAUUAAGUCAACAGAACAAGUGAUCGAAUUAGGUGUUAAAGCAGUAGAUAGCUGGUAUAGUGAGAUAAAAUUUUUUAAUUUUCAAGGGUCGAACGAUGACAUGGCUGCUUCCACAAAAGCAUUUCACUUUACUCAACUUAUUUGGAAAGACAGCGAAGAGCUUGGUGUCGGUGCGUCUAAAAGUCCUAAAUCCGGUAAAAUAUACGUGGUCUGUAAUUAUGACCCGCACGGAAAUAUUAGAUCGCAAUUUAAAGAGCAAGUAUUGGCAUCUGAUGUUUCAUAAUCAGAGUAACGGCUAAAUUAAUAUUUGAAAAAUAUUAUAUUCAAAUCGAUAUUUGGCUUAAGGAUUAAAAACACGUACAACAAUA